CUCAAUCUAUUCCUUCCACAUAGCCAUGGCAAAAUUGAGCAGAUAAAAGUGAAAGCAAUGAAGAUCAAAAACACGCAUGAGUGAAAAACAAAGAACAAUGGGACUUCCCAGAACAAAACCAUUGUUUUUUUCGCAUCUUUGAAGAACUCACCCCAUAAACCUCGGCAACCCUCCUGUCCCCCAGAAAAACAGCGCAUAGAAGAACCGUAUACCUCCCAUCCAGACCUUCCCGUCCCCAUUCCCUUCCAUUCUCGACCUUCUGAACCCAACCGUGCAUCAAAAUGUGCCGCGUCCACACAGAGCGUUUCCACUGGCUCUGCGCCCACUACUCCUGGCUCACAGCCUGUGAAGAAAACGGCUCCUGCAGGGGAUGCAGAAAGCAACACGCUUACCGCCUGCAGAUUUGCUAUAAUUUCGUCUGUCCUUCUUGUCGAGGCUCAGAUCCUAACAUCCACGAACCGCAAGACGAUGGCCUCCCCAUCGAAGCCAGGACAGGCGAGGAUAGAAAAUUAUUGGAGGCGUAUAAGGGCCGUGUGUAUCGCCGCGGCCAUGAAGCUGAAGUAGAGAGAAUAUCCCUCGAAAGAAGGGUGCAGGCGUACGAUGAUGCGUACGGGUUGUACCAGAGAGCUUACAAAGCGCGCAUCGGACCGGCCAUUCGUAAACCAGAUCCCGAUUUGGUUGGUGUUUUGGCUGCCAGAGUGCCACCGAGAUGUCUCCCGUUGCAGUUCCUGCCAAACAAGUAUCUCACUGACUCUAGCGAGUUCUCGUCCCCAGCUAUCAUGGUUGUUUCACCCGGCCUAAUUCCGCGAGAUUUGGAUAAAUGUGGUGUUUGUUGGGGAAGUCUUGUUGGGACCGGCGAUGCGGCUUGUGAAGGUGGGCUGCCGAGAAUGCUGCCUUGUGGACAUAUCUAUGGCAAGAAGUGCAUCUCGAAGGUUUUCGAGCAGAUCAGCUCUUGCCCGUAUUGUACUAGGAAGUACACAAUCCGACGUCGGGGCAAACAGCGAAUGGACCCUGUAAAUGAGGUGAUCGACGGACUGAUGGAGGAUCCGCGGCUUGAGCCCGAGUGGCUUUUUGCGAGGAACGUUGUGAUGAGAAUACUGACUCCUUUCGUUUUGGCUGUCGUGUUGACGAUGGAUGUGGGCCCGAAAGUCGGUGCGAAUGGGAGAGAGAUGUUGAUCGGACGGGCCAAACUGUCAGUGAAGAUAGGCGUGUGGGCGGCUUGUAUUGCGCUUUCUCCAGCCAUGUACGGAUAUCUUCUUUGGGUUUAUUGGACUGGACAUCAUUAAAUGAGCUCUCGAGAUAGCGAGUAGACUUUACAUAGCCUAGGAAAUGAAAAAUUAUGUGAAAACCAAAUGAAAGCAACUUAUCUGACGUAAAGUGAAUGUUCC